AUGCCUCUUCUGGAAGAGACCACUGUGCCUCGAGAGCAUCCCCCCACACUGCCUGUGGUCAUCAUAGGUAACGGGCCAUCAGGUAUCUGCCUGUCCUACCUGCUGAGUGGCUACAAGCCCUACCUGGACCCUUCAGCUGUUCACCCAAACCAUGUUCUGUACAGGAAGUUACAGGAGACCAGACACCUGCCCAUCACUGAACAGGAUCUGGAGUAUCUGAGUGAAGGUCUGGAGGGGCGGUCAGGAAACCCUGUAGCAGUGCUGUUUGACACCCUGCUGCACCCCAAUGCUGAUUUUGGCUACGAGUUUCCCCCUGUGCUACAGUGGAGAAGAGACAAGCAGCAGCACCUCCCUCACCUGGUGCUGGGCAGGGCUACGCCUGGAGGGGCCUGGCACGUGAUGGAGGGCUCCAUGCUGACCAUCAGUCUGGGCAUCUGGAUGGAACUGCCAGGGAUCAACUACCGAGACCUGACUAACAAUGGCAAAUGCAGGGGCGUGACCAACGACCGGGCCACUCCAGAGGAGAUCUCGUCUUACUACCGUAACUACGUCAAGCUGAUGGGCCUGAAGCAGAACUUUGUUGACAACACCUACGUGACCUCUGUGCAGAAACUUUUCCGUGGACACGAGGGGGAGGGUCUAGAGAAUGACGAAGGGGAAGGUGGGGGCCUGUGGGAGGUGAGGGGGUACCAGCGGGUGCAGGGCGACACCCACGUUCCUUUCUGCCUGUUUUCGGAGAAUGUAGUUCUGGCCACGGGCGCGUCUGAUUCACCAGCUCAGCUGGGUGUGGAGGGGGAGGAGCUUCCCUUCGUGUUCCACAGCAUCUCUGCUCUGGGAUUGGCUGUGAGCCGGAAGAAGCUUGGGCCAAACUCUGAUCCAGUGCUGAUCGUAGGGGCGGGGUUAAGCGCAGCGGAUGCGGUUUUGUGCGCUUGUAACAACAACAUUUCCGUGCUGCAUGCCUUCCGCAAACACGUAGACGACCCAGGCCUCAUCUUUAAACAGCUACCCAAGACCCUCUACCCAGAAUACCACAAGGUCUACCACAUGAUGCACUCCCAGACCCACGCAACACCAAACAUGCUGUUCCCUGACUACACCAGCUUCCCAGAGCACUGCGUGGUGUCCUUCCAGCCAGACAUGAAGUGUGUCCUGCAGGGGAGCAACUCCCUCAAGGCCUUUAAGAUCUCCAUGGCCCUGGUGUUGAUCGGCACCCACCCCAACCUGUUCUUCCUCAAGGGCCAGGGCCAGUACCUGGGACUGGACCCCACCAAACCCAUCUCCUGCAAGCAGAACCCUGUGGAUGUGCACCCCUACACCUUCGAGUGCACCAAGGACCCAGGACUGUUCGCCAUGGGCCCGCUGGUGGGAGACAACUUUGUUCGCUUCCUAAAGGGCGGUGCUCUAGGCAUUGCCUCCUGCCUGCUCAAGAGACUGAAGAAGAAAGGCAAGCUGAUCGCAGAAGGGGGAGGAGUAGGAGGAGGGGAGUUUAUCUAGGUGAAGUGUGGAUG